AUGUUAUCGCGACUGUCGUGUCUCAUAUGUUGCGGAGCUUCGCCGGAGGCACGGAACUCCAGCGACGUCGUAGCUGUUCAAGCUGGGGACACGCGGGCUAACGAUGAAGGCUGCGAUGAACUAACAAGCAUUAAAGCAGCAUUUCAAGAUGGAGUGCAAUCUGACUUUGCGCGGUCGCCAGAGGAUUGUCGAGUUCGCGAGGUCCCCUCGCCACUACGGAAGACACAAAAACGGCAAAACUCAGAACAGGGAUUGGAGACUUCUUCGACUGCAGAUGCGUCCAGAGAGCCAUCUGCCCUGCACGCGCAGCCGCCAAAGCCGAGCAUGUUUUCUGCGGCUGAAUGCAUGCCUGAGGGGGAGUUUCGAGCGCAACCGCGAGCAGGACACAAUCUUGCAGAUGCUGAUCCCCUUUCAGGACCUGAGGAGGGGAUAAGGCCUUCAACCACGUCAACUUACUCAUUCAUAGAACCGCACAGCCCCUUCGUGGCGUCAGCCGCCCCAGCAGUUUCACCUCGAGGAGGGACCCAUGGGUCAUUCCAGCAGCAGCAGUCGGCGCACUCACCUGGCGCACCACCCUCUCGACCCCCGCAACCGCCAAUGGAACCACCAUCAGUACCAUCACAACACUCCAAGGACGAAUGCCCGUCUACCGCCUUCCCGCCGCCUCCGUCGCUGCAGCCGCCACCGUCCUUUUUGUGCGCGGCAGGCUCCGGAAUGCAACCCCUGCCCCCGCGUCACUUGGCCUCCAUUAUAUCAUCUUCAACCGACAUGCAGAUUACAGCAUCACUCUCCGAGCCCCUGGUCACGAGUUGCAGCCCCGGCAGCGGCCCUCCCGCAAACACCUUGCACGCCUGCGGGGCCGGCGGCGGCAGUAGCAGCGCCGGCACCGCCGUAACGGCGUUCAGUGCCGCGACCCAGCUACAGCCGGGGGCGGUAAUGCAGCAGCAAAUGGCGGUGACAUGUGCCGUACAGCUGCCGGCGGCGGCGCCGCCGCCAGCAGGUCAUCCGAAGCAGGAGCGGCAGCAGCAGCAGCAGCAGGGCUGCCUCAAAGACGAGCAACAACACGGAGCUCAACAACAGCAACAACAACAACAACAACAGCUUAACGUCGGGGGUAGUUUACCGCCCGGAUCUGCCGCCACGGUGGCAGCUGCAGGGGGAGCCGGUGGUGGUGGUGGUGGUGGUGGUGGGGCUGUUUCACUCGCCGGCGCCAGGAGCGGCGGUGGCGGUGGUGGGGGCGCGCUGUAUCCGCCGUACGUUGCUGCAAGGGGGUCCUUGCGCGCUGGCAGUGAAAGCGGUAGCAUGGUACAACGUGUAAUGGAUGACACGGGUGCCGUACAGCUGCUGGCGCCGUACGUGCCGUAUCCGCUUGAUGUUGGCUGUUCAACCAGCCGCUUGCCGAAGCAGGCGGCGCGGGACAUGUCGCAGGUGGCCCUCAUGCAGAUGCUCCACUUCGGCUCCACGUCAGGUCGGGUGCCCCUGCAGCACCUCGCCUCGCUCAACGUGACGGCGCUGUCCAAGGAGAUUCGGGCGCUGCAUUGGAUCGGUCAGGGGGGGGGAGGGGCGGUGUUUCAGGGUGUCUGGCAAGGGGCGCCAGUGGCGGUCAAAUUCAUGUUGGCGGCGCGACCCGAGCACGUGGAUGCCACAGCAUUGGAAGCGAUUGUCAGUUUGACGGUUGGCCACCCCAAUGUGGUGACGACGUACAGCUUUGACGUCACGCGGCUGACGGAGUCGAGCUUUAUGUCCGACGCGGUCGCGGGGACGAGGUUUUCCUGCCGGUUCAGUCAUCAGCAUUUGGGGACGACGGCGACGGAAGACUGCAGCGCAACCGCGCUCUUCAACGCCUUGAUGGAGACGGAAACAGCGUUGGAGUCCUGGACUGGCGGUGGAUGCGGCGCCAACGCGGCGGCAGCAGCCGUACGGCAGAGACAGCAGCAGGCCGUGUGUACGGCAGCUGGCGGCGGCUCGCGGCCUGCGUCCAUGGUCCGUGUGGAGAGCCUGAACAUGCGUGUACGGCGCGCGCAGGCGGCAGCGGCGCUGGCCAGCGGUUCCGGCAGCCCCGCGCCCAGCGCUGAGGCCGUCAGCGCCGACCGGGUUCCCGGUGACGGCAGCGGCGGCGGCGGCGGCGUCGCCGUCGGCACCAACAGCCCUAACGACUGCACGGCUAACGGAGCCGCGGCUGCCGGCGCCGGCGCCGGCGUCUGCGCCUCUUCCGUCCCCGCCACCAGUCACAAGACUCACCAGCAGUACCAGCAUCAGAACCACAAUAAUCAGCAGCAGCAGCAGCAGCAGCACCCCCACCAGGGCGCUGCGGCAUCAGCUAUGGAGACACUCGGUUUAGAGUCGGCGUUCAAUUCGGAGGAGGGGUUUGGAGACCCCGACCUGGCGGACAGCAGCCGGUCAUGGACUGUACGGCACGUACUGUCGUACCUUAAGGGUCGGCCGGGCAUGUACAUGACGCACAUUAUCAUGGAGUACUGCGACAGGGGAUCCUUGUUGUCGGCCAUCAAGCGCGGCGUCUUUAAAAUGGACGGACUUCCGGACGACGACACCCCCGGGAGCAGCGGCAAUGUAGCGGCGGCGGCGGCGGGUACGACGAGUACGGCGGGUCUUCCGGAGGCACCCAGGUUCACUAAGCGAGUGGUGCUUCGGGCGCUACUUCGCACCGCCCGAGACGUCGCGCAGGGCAUGUGCCACCUGCACUCCAACGGCAUCAUUCACGGAGAUCUCAAACCGGGAAAUGUGCUGCUCAGGGGAUGCAGGUCCGACAGGAGGGGUUUCACAGCGCUCGUCAGCGACUUUGGCCUCAGCAAGAUUACACGCGGCGAUAAACCGUUGGAGCUUAACCACUGGUCAACGGUGACGGUUAUGGCGCCGGAGGUUAUCAUGGGCCGAUGGCUCAAAGCCUCAGAUGUGUUCUCCUUUGGCAUCUUGUUGUGGCAGCUGGUCACGGGCGAGAUUAUGCCGUACGGCAAUGCUACCGUACAGCAGGUCCUCCUGGGUGUGGCGCAAGGCGUGCUGAAACCCGAGUGGCCCUCCUCCGCCCACCCCGCCCUUGUACGACUUGGGCGGGCAUGUCUGGCCACGAGCCCGGAGAAGAGACCCAGCUUUGAGGCGAUUGUCAAAAUCUUGAUUAAGGUUGAGCAGAACAUACGCAAUGAGCUGCGUCCGCCCCGGGAGGCGCUGUUGUGGAGUCCCGCAUUGCCAGCGGGGCGUUCGGGCAGCGGUCCGGAGGGCAGUAGCAGCCGGCAGAGCCGUAGCAGCCCCAGCGAGAACACAGCCGCCGUACAACUCAACAGGCUGCGGUCGGCGGCAAUUUGA